GUAUUUUCACCAUAACAAAAAAUAGUAUCUUAGAACAAUGUCUCUUUCACACAGUUCCAUCUUUCUCUUCUCCAUUAUCACACUCAUAAUUUCCAAUGGAGUUUCCUCACAACAAUCCAACAUCAUAUUACCCUCCGAACAACAACGAAACGUCGAAAAACUAACACAUAUCCACUUCUACUACCACGACAUCCGCAACAACAAAAACCCGACCAUAGUACAAAUCAUCGACUCCCCCAAAAACAUGCCAAACGGAUUCGGUUCAACUUUCAUGAUGGACGAUGCAAUGACAGAAGGCCCAGAGUUAAGUUCGAACCACAUCGGAAGAGCUCAGGGGCUGUUUGGUCUUUCUUCACUUCAUGAUCUUGGGAUGUUUAUGUUGACAAAUUUUGUUUUUGAGGAAGGGGAGUAUGCAGGGAGUAGUUUGAGUAUGUUGGGAAGGAAUCCUAUUUCGGAGCAGAAUAGAGAAAUGGCUAUUGUUGGUGGGACUGGGGUUUUUAGAUUUGCUAGAGGCUUUGCUGUUGCGAAUAGUGUUAAUGAUAUUUCUACCCCUGAGCAUUUCGUUGUUGAGUAUAAUGUUACUGUUUCUCAUCCCUAAAUACCCUUUUGGUAUUUACAUGAGGGUUUUAGAGCGUGAGAUAGAUAGGUACAAGUGAAGUGUUGGUGGCAAUCACUUUAGUUAAUAUAUAUUGUCUUCAUAUUUAUUUCUAGAUGUUUUCUGUUUCUGAUUCCUGAAAUAUAUUACCUCCCUCCCAAAAUAAAUAUGAUAUUAUACAUUUUUACACAAAUUAAAAAAUAU